AGCUAGCACUUGCAAAGAAGUAAAGCCACGAAAUAUUUCCAAGAAACCACGCAAAGCAGGUCCGUCGACGGAAUCGUUUACAUCUGAUGUCAAUUCUGAAAAACAGACAAGAGGAAUAGAAGACGUUAUAUAUAAAAGCACCAUAGGUUUCUGGUUUGGUGAUAUUGGAAGAAAAAUGAGAACUGGUAAAGCUACGUUACCCUCGUUCAUAAACUUCGAUUAAACGAUCAUGAUGUUGAUCAACUCUACAAGUAUCUGAAAGUGUUCAUUAUCGCCGAGUAGAGGUCAUGAUAUUGAAGACGAGAGUUUGACAAAUGAUUUUUGAAGAUGUUGUUAUUUUCACUAGAAGGCCAGCAAAAAUGUUUCCUUUCUGUCUCCUAUCUGAUUAACAGACUGAUAGGUGGAUCCCUCAGGCAGCUGCUAAUGGUUGGUCAACCAAAUUUUUGAUUUAGAAGUUCUAUGGCUAUGCCCAUUUUUUUGUAAUCCUUUUUGCGUUAUCGGCGCGCUCCCGAAAAAUCUGCAAACAGGCUGAGAAAGACAAAGACUUUAAUGUAACGAUGCAAGAACUACCCCUCCCCCGUGAUUCCAUCAGUUCUUGUUUCUCUCUUUUUUUUUGCUCGAUAAUUCUCUAAGGCGGCUUUUCUUUAGGUCCCUCCACAAGAACUCUUGUUGGUAAAAUGUUUCCCCGACUAAAUUUGCAUUUAGCAAGGCAAACAAGUUGCAGUCCUUGGUGAGCUUUUCAAAGAAAGUGAAAAUGUAGUAUGGUGAUGCCCUUGCAGGUGUGCGAAGCAGUGCGUACUGUGUAAACCGAAGCAAGAUGCUAGGAGUACAGAUCGAUCAUCCGAACGCGAGCAUCACUGCGCACAGAGCAGGUCAUUGUUUGACUCGAUUAUCCUCCGAAAUUUAGAGAACUCAAGCUAGCGAUUGUAGUGCCGACGUUCUGCAGAUCACCGUCAUUCAAAUACUGACGAUUUACUCUCGUCCAGAUCGCAAUCUGCAACUUAAUACCUACGGAAGUCGGAGCUCAAAUCCGAGUCGGCUAACAUCAUCAUCCACAGAGACCAAAAGAAGCGACAAAAUGAAGCUGAAUAUCAAGGCAGUUCGAAGCGGGCAGAUUAAUCUGCACUCAAAAGAGGUGGCUGAUACAUCAGCGCUGACGGUCAUGGAGUUCAAGCAAGAAAUCAGUUCCAUUGUAUUAAGCACUUACGGCUUUCCGAUUCCGUAUAGUAACGGAAACGGGAUUUGAUAAUAGGCAUCUAUCGACAUACGGAUCCUUGAGCAACAUAGAAGACGUAGAUAAUUCAAAUUCUGGAUGAAAAUAGGCAUACGAAAUGUCUUUUGACACGCAACCUUCACUCCAAUUUUUUCUUUAGUAACACGACAUCAUAGAAGCUUCCUGGUUUUUAUAAUGAUCAGGUUUCUCUUCCUGCGGAGAAUAUUCGUCUCGUCUGCGAAGGCCGUGUCCUCGAGAAUCAGUACGCUCUCUCCCACUACAAUCUCGUGGAUGAUUGUACCAUCCACUGUCUCGAAUAUGUUCAGCAACAAGCACCUAGCAGCGCCUCGCAGGUCCUCGACCCGAAUCCGCAGAGCCAACAAGAGGAGAUGAUGGCCAGCUUGAUGAACGAUCCCAUGAUCGAAAGCAUGAUGUCGUCACCCGAAAUGAUGCAGAUGAUGAUCCAGAUGAAUCCGCAACUGCAGCAGAUGUGCGAACAAAAUCCCGACGUGCGGAGGAUAUUGGAGGACCCGGAAACGAUGCAACAGAGCAUGCGGGCUAUGCGGAAUCCACAAUUGAUGCGUGAGAUGAUGCGGAACGCGGAUAGAGGAAUGGCAAACCUGAAUACUAUUCCAGGAGGCGAGGACGCGCUCAGGAGGUACAUGAGAAAUUUAGUAGCAGGUGCUCAAGAAAUGCAACUACAAGUGAGGUUGAGGACUCUAGUGCUACAGUAAUAUAUGAGAAUGAGGGAUAAACCUGCAAAUAGAUUUUCAAGAGAUGGAAUCAAUCGGAAAGCUGGAGAUUUAGAUUUAGAGGGGCUCCCGCCUCAGUCCUGCUUUUUUUUGUAUGCCAAGAUCGCCGACAGGGUGAUCCCAGUGAUAUCCGGCGUGCCUGCCGGAGCACUAAGACCAGCGCCACCAAGGCAAAAACUGACAAUUCAGGUUACACAAUGAGAUCGUCGAUCCUCUAACAGACGCAAUGGCUUCAGGCAGAGAGGGUGGCGCGAGUGCGGAAAGCGCAGCCGACAGAUACUCGCAGAAUGAAAUACCAACGGCGCCCUUGGCGAAUCCUUUUGAUCAGUCACGGAACCAGCCGGCGGGCGGAGCGGGCGCGGGUGCAGGGAGUACUUGCUAUUUUACAUUUAUCGGAUGACUUUUUUGAUGAAAAAUUAGAGAUUUGCUAAUCUUUGUUUUUUUGUCUUCGUUGUCUGGUCUCCGCGCCUUUCAAAUUCAGAAUAGAGUCCUUAUGUUUAUGAUCUUAUUCUAACUUUAACUAUGAAUUUUUAUCGUGUUUCAGGACCAGGCGCUGCGGCACCAGGUAUGGGUGGAGCGAAUCCAUUUAUGGGCAUGGGCAUGGGUGGAGGCCUCAGUGGUAUGGGUGGCGCAGGUACGUCCCCAUUCGGAGGAUUGGGUGGCGGCGGUCUCUUCGGCAUGCCACCUCCACCUGCAGGUGGUGCAGCUCCUGGCGCGCCAGGUGCAGGCGCUAUGCCUUUUGGGAACCUGGCAAGUCUUUUCGGAAGUCUGUCAGGAGGUGCAACAUCGAGCACAGCUAGUAGGGCUCCGGCAGGGGAUGAAUUCAAAAUCGAAUUCAAGUACUCACUUACGCGUUACGUAUCAUCUCGUUUGAAAAACUCAAGAUCAAGAUGAAACAAAACUACAGGACCUUUCCAUGCCAUCGCUCUUAGUUACUUUUCUGAGAUAAUUCAUUGUUCUUUUGCAGAAUUUAUUAGAGUACCUACACCUAGCAUGUCCAUGUUGAUGUUUUGAGCUUGACCACUUAGUUACACACAUUCGAAGCAAGUGAGGCCUCAUUUCGUGCAACAAUGAAUCUUCGGUUCCAUUUCGAUCUUACCCGUGGCAUCAAAAAUUUCCUAUUUCCUUCCUUUCCAGGUACCAACAACGCAGAAUUACGCAUAUCUGUAAGAAGAGUUGUACUGUCCGGGAUCUGAAGGGAGAGCUAGAGCCGCUAGUCAAUUUUCGUCGAGUGUAUGUGCGGUUGAUCAAAGACGGCACUGUGUGGGACAACGAAAAAGUAGUAUCCGAUUAUUUGCCGGCGUCAUCCGCCACCACUGAUACCCACACGGUCUACGUACUGAAAAACGUGGAAACCGGACAGCGGGAAGUGCCUUUAUUACCCACUUCUCCAGCAGGACUAGCCGGGGGGCCGUUUGGCGGCGCACUUGGGGGAAGUGCGGGUGGUGCUCCCGGCACAGGUGGAAAUGCCGAUCUUCUCAAUCUUUUGCUCGGGGGUGGUGCCGCAGGUGGUGCGGCAGGGGCGAGUCCUUUCCUGUUUCCACCGCAGCAGGCGGGCGUCGCUGGUUUGAACCCUUUCCCGGCUGGCGGUGGUGGAGGUUUGGGAACGAUGGCCGCAGCCUUGGGGAACCCGAGGGACCGAUUCUCGACGCAACUAGGCCAACUGCGGGCCAUGGGCUUUGAAGACGAAGACCAAUGUCUCAGAAUACUAGCUGAAGUCGACGGCGACGUCUCAAGAGCCUUAGACAGGCUGUUCGGGUCUUGAAAAAUCGUUCGUAGUCCCAUGUUCAGUCUCAGAUGGUCGUCAUGGCAAAGUUGACUUACAAGUACGGGUCAAAAUGAUAACGAAUACAACUACACCUAAUAUUUUUAAGAACUUAGUGUGUGUGUGUGGAUGACACCAGUAGACACAAUAAAUAUCUUCUAAGAAAGUAUUGGUGCCCUGAAAUUUUAGUUUUUGGGUUUGCGUCGAAUGUUCUUCCUUUUGAGCAACAAGUUGGCAACCUCUCUGCUCGCCACAGCAGAGCUAAGUGGCCACAGUCGCAGCACCCGCACCACCUCAAUUAGGUGCUUUAUCAAGUAAAUAUUAACGCUUGUUCAGGAGGUCGCUUGUGUGCAGGUGGGUGACCAUUUAUUUGCCGAAACCGAAGGAUACACCUAAAAACCUUUGUUCACAUCGCUGGUUUACAAGAAAGAAUGCAGUUCGUCGUGUGUGGAGAGAAGAUAUGAAAAAAAAUGUUUGAUAAGAAUGGCACGGAAUGAGUCAUUUUGUUUGUCAC